CAGAGCUUGCCAGCCCCCAGAGCCUGCCAAGCUGCCGGGCAGUGCUGACCGAAUGGCCGGGAGCAGGAGCAAGGCCGCCCUCCGUGCGUGGCUCCUGUGCCCCGGGCUGCUCGGCUGCUUCUUGCUGGGCUUUCUUACAGGAUGGUUUACAAAACUGACUGAGAAAAACCCCAACUCUUCAGAUGUGCAUCAAAAUGUGAGACAGAAACUUGUGGCUGAAAUGAAAGCAGAGAACAUCAGGAAAUUUCUUCGUUCAUUUACCAAGUUGCCUCACCUCGCAGGAACUGAACAGAAUCUUCUUCUUGCCAAAAAAAUUCAAGCCCAGUGGAAGGAAUUUGGAUUAGAUUCAGCAGAACUUGUUAAUUAUGAUGUGCUUCUUUCAUACCCAAAUGAAGAGCAGCCAAACUACAUUUCACUAAUUGAUGAUCAAGGGAAUGAGGUUUUCAAUACAUCAUUGUUUGAACCUCCUCCCCAGGGCUAUGAAAAUGUUACUGAUGUACUACCACCAUAUAAUGCUUUUUCAGCACAAGGAGUGCCAGAGGGAGAUCUGGUGUAUGUGAAUUAUGGCCGUACAGAAGAUUUUUUUAAGCUGGAGCGUGAAAUGGGAAUUAACUGUACAGGAAAGAUUGUCAUUGCCAGAUAUGGGAAGAUCUUCAGAGGAAACAAAGUUAAAAAUGCCAUAUUAGCAGGAGCCCAAGGGAUCAUACUUUACUCAGACCCUGCUGACUACUGUGCCCCAGGAGUAGAUGCUUAUCCAGGAGGCUGGAACCUUCCAGGUGGAGGAGUCCAGCGUGGGAAUGUUUUGAAUUUGAAUGGAGCUGGGGACCCUCUAACACCAGGUUAUCCUGCAAAAGAGUACACUUUCAGGUACAAAGUCAAUGAAGGUGUAGGGAUUCCCAAAAUCCCGGUUCAUCCCAUUGGAUAUCAUGAUGCAGAAGUAUUACUGCGUGCAAUGGGAGGACCUGCAGCUCCAGACAGCAGCUGGAAGGGAAGUCUCAAUGUGUCUUAUAAUAUAGGGCCAGGAUUCACAGGCAACUCUUCUACAAGAAAAGUCAGAAUGCAUGUUCAUACAAGCAAUAAAAUCGCACGAAUUUACAAUGUCAUUGGCAUCCUCAGAGGAGAUCUGGAACCAGACAGAUAUAUUAUCUUAGGUGGUCACAGAGACUCUUGGGUGUUCGGUGGUAUUGAUCCAACCACCGGUGCCGCUGUUCUGCAAGAAAUCGUACGGAGUUUUGGUAAAAUGAAGAUGGAAGGUUGGAGACCUAGGAGAACUAUUAUUUUUGCUAGCUGGGAUGCAGAAGAAUUUGGAUUAUUGGGUUCCACAGAGUGGGCCGAGGAAAAUGCCAAAGUCCUUCAGGAACGGGCAGUCGCUUACAUCAAUGCAGACUCUUCUAUAGAAGGUAACUACACAUUAAGAGUUGAUUGUACCCCUCUUCUCAACAAACUGGUGUAUAAUCUGACAAAAGAGAUUUUAAGCCCUGAUGAGGGUUAUGAAAAGAAAUCUCUUUAUGAGAGCUGGCUUGAAAAAGAUCCUGCAUCUGAAAAUAAUAACUAUCCCAGAAUAAAUAAGCUGGGGUCAGGCAGUGAUUUUGAAGCCUAUUUCCAGCGACUGGGAAUUGCAUCAGGCAGAGCUCGUUACACCAAGAACAGGAAAGCAGACAAAUUCAGCAAUUAUCCUGUUUAUCACACUGUGUAUGAGACAUUUGAGCUAGUGGAAAAAUUUUAUGACCCCACCUUCAAGAAACAGCUAACAAUUGCCCAGUUACGAGGCAAACUGGUUUAUGAACUGGCAGAUUCCCAGGUCAUUCCAUUCGACUCUAGAGACUACGGAGAAGCCUUAAAAGGAUACAGCAACAGAAUUUAUAAAUUAGCCAAGAAGCAUGAAGAACAGCUGAAACUUUACAAAGUAUCAUUUGAUCCUCUUUUUUCUGCUGUGGUGAACUUCUCAAAGGCUGCUGCUGAAUUUCACAGAAGACUUGAACAAGUAGACAAGAAAGAUUCAGUAGCAGUGCGCAUCAUGAACGAUCAGCUGAUGUUGGUAGAAAGAGCUUUCACUGAUCCUCUGGGCUUGCCAGGAAGGAAGUUUUACAGACAUGUCAUCUUUGCUCCAAGCAGCCACAACAAAUAUGCAGGAGAAUCCUUCCCAGGAAUCUAUGAUGCCAUGUUUGAUAUUGAAAGCAAAGCUGACCAACUUGAAGCCUGGGAAGAAGUGAAGAGGCAGAUUUCCAUUGCAGCCUUCACUGUGCAGGCAGCAGCAGACACACUGAAGGAAGUAGCAUAAGAUGAAGGCUUUGAAAACUCCCAGAGCAGAGUGUGGCACACAGAGCUGUCAGGCUGCUGCAGUGUCCCAGUGUCCCCGACUGCCUGCCCUGCCUCAGUCUCCAGCCUCCCAAACCACACGGUAGGUGUGCAGAGCUCUGUGUGCCAGAGAACUCCUGAGACAGGGAUUGCUGCAUCUCUGCUACUGACAGAACUUUAUGAACAGCUCUGGAUGGAAGCAAAUUUGGGGAGAAGUGGGAAGAGGGGGAAGCAGGAACAAUCAGUUUCUGAUUAGAAUUUUCUGAGAGAUCUACCAGCUUUGAGGACCCAGUGUUUUGCAUGUACAGUUAUGAAAACAAUUAUUUGCCAAACUACCUGCAAAUUUGUCCACAGCAGUGAUCAACAGCACACAUUUUGAUGGAAAAAAUGCAAUACUCAGCCUGUCCAUUUUUCUUGUUCUGAUAAUUACUUUUAUAAUAGGAGACACCAAAGGCACCUCUGCAUUUCAGAAUCAAUUCUGCAGGACUGGUGAAUGCUCUUUACACUGAUUUGCUUUCUUUUCCCUGAAAAAAUAAAUAAGUGACUCUCCUACUGAUUGCCAAAGCAGUACUAGCCAUUCUUGAUAAUCAAGGAAAACAGCUGAAAUCCAAAAGCAUGCUCUCAGUGGAGUGCACAUCCAUCCCUCUGAAAGUCUCUAUGCGUCUCACUCUUUUACUUGCACUUUGGAAAAUAAAGAUUUUGGGGGGUAACCAAAAGCUGACCUCCCUGCUCUUUUUGGCACUUUCUCUAGUUCUGAGCCCAGGGCAGCUUUUGUUCCUGUUUUUUCCCAGGCAAUCUCUUUCAUAUUUUUUCCAUCUGAAGGAGCUGGAGGGUACUGUUACUAUUAGCAUGGAGCUUGAGAUAAUUCUGUCUUCAAGUAAGACCUGAAGAAUGUUUCCCAUCAGGAGCUGAUUUUAUAUUCAAAGAGGAACUGAAAUGCAUGAGAAGGCCAGUUGUACAAAACUGUUUAGUUCGUAUAAAAAGAAAAAAAAAAUUAAAAAUUUCUUGCUUCAUUUGCCCUUUAGGUGUAAUUCUCAUCUACAUGCUUUAAAAUGAAUAAAAUUGCUAGAAUUUUACUGAAUCACAUUCCAUCUUGUGGAAACUGACAUUAACCAAUUUCAUCUCUUAUGUAAAAUAUACUACAGUUUUUGUCACUACCAUAAAUUGUACCAUGUUGUGGGAAAAAAAUCUUCUUUGUUUUAUGGGGAAUAGAACAGAUGUGGCCCUAAAAAGGACAGAAUUAGAAAAGCAGGACAGAAUUGUUGUUCUCAUCUCAGAUGCCUUGAAUUCAGACAAGGGAACCAGAAAUAACUUGUGAGAAGUUGUUUUGGGGGAUAUAUGCCACCAAGAAGAGAGGCUUUCACUGGCAUCGCCUCCAAUACACCUCCAUGAAAGAUGAAGGAUUGUGUGCCUGUGGAUGCUGUUCUCUUAAUUUACUGUUCAAUUGCUUUUCACAGAUCAAGCCUUAGGCACUUGAG